AUGCCUGAACAGCCGCCACGCAGAGCGGAGCCCGGUACGGGCCUCAAGGGUGCCCUCCAGGGGCUGGCAAUUUUCAUGAUCGUCCAAUUUGGUAUCAACCAGUUCAUGUCAAGCAAGAACAAAGAUACCAGCACGAAGUCCAGUGCUAUCCCCGCUUUCGCCGAUCGCCCCGAUCCGAGCGAAGUCGUCGAACACAGUGCCCUCCCCCAACUCGUUGCUCCCAUCUGGCCCUCCGACAGCGCUGUCGAUCUCACCAUCUAUGUGACUCCCUCUAUCGUCGCGCCCAGCUUCAAGUCAUCGGACGGUAUUCUUGUGGCCCAGGAAAAGAACUUCACUAUUGGAAACUACAGCGACGUUCGCGAGAUCGACACCACUAUCAAGCUCCCGAAGCAGGUCCAACAGAAUGCAACCCUCUGGGCUCACUUCUUUUUGGCUCGCACCGGAUACCAACUGGAUCCCGCUGCCAAGGACUAUAACACGGCCGAUGCAGUUCAUUUCCUUCGACCCCUGAACCAGUAUCUUCCCAAGAAGAAGGUCAAGAAGCUGAAGAACCUCCUGUCUGGCCCCGAAGAUGAAACUGAGGAGGAGGAUAAUACCCCGAGUAUUUCCACCAUGUCAUACUACCACCCUAACUUCACUCUGUCCCUGAUCCCAGACUCUGGAGAUUUGAGACUGGCCCAGAUGAACCCUGCCGCUCGCCAGUAUUUACAGCUGGAGCGGACCGGCGCCCGCGAUGUCAGCGGAAAGAACGGAUGGUACUACCCGAUCGCUUUCUUCAACACUUUCUGGCAGCUGAAGACCCAUAUGACUGAGUUGAACUCCACCGUUGAGACAGUGCCCCUGCGUAUCACUGUCAACAACAUGGCGAACUGGAAGUUCAAUAUCCUCAGCAGUGUUGACGAGGGCUCGAAGCAAAGCUCUCGCCAGGCUGCCUAUGGCAACCCCGUUCCCGGCGGUGGAGAUGGAACCGAAUGGGAGAUGGUGAAGGAGAUCCUUUUGGAUACUAAUAUUUGGCUUCUUGGCACCACGGGUGUGGUCACUAUCUUGCACAUGUUGUUCGAGACUUUGGCCUUCAAGAACGAUAUUGCCCAUUGGCGUAAGAAGAAGGAUGUUGUCGGUACUUCAGUUCGGACAAUCCUGGCCAAUGUCUUUAUGCAGGCUGUCAUCUUCCUCUACCUCAUGGACAACAGCGAGAACACCUCUUGGAUGAUUCUGGGAAGUCAAGGAUUUGGUAUCCUUCUGGAAUUCUGGAAGGUCACUAAGACAGUCGACGUUCGCUUGCGCCGACCCUCGGCCAACUCGCGCUUCUCGUUCCUGCCUUACGUGAUUGUCUUCGAGGACAAGCACAAGCUAAGCGAGACCGAGCAGAAGACCAAGGAGUAUGAUGAAAUCGCCUUCCGCUACCUGUACAUCGUGGCUGUGCCUCUCCUGCUCGCAUACGCCGCCUACAGCCUCGUCUAUAACACCCACAAGUCAUGGUACUCUUAUGUCAUUGAGACUUUGGUGGGUAGUGUCUACGCCUACGGCUUCCUCAUGAUGGUCCCCAGUCUUUACAUCAACUACCGGUUGAAGUCUGUUGCCCACAUGCCAGGUAAGGCGUUGACCUACAAGUUCCUGAAUACUUUCAUCGACGAUCUCUUCGCCUUCACUGUCAAGAUGCCCUGGCUUCACCGCCUGGCCACUCUCCGUGAUGAUGUCAUCUUCUUCAUCUGGCUGUACCAGGGCUGGAAGUACAAGGUUGACUACAAGCGCGUCAACGAGUUCGGCCAGGGAGGUGACAGCGAUGAGGAAGAGGAGCCUACCCCUGCUGUCCAGAGCGACAAGAAGGAAGAAGUGGCUACCCAAUCCUCUUCCAAGGCCGCUCCCAAGUCGUCCACCCGCAAGAGGAAGUGA